UUUGCCUACGCUCCACCGGUAAAGCGCCCCACGAGCGAAUCCGUGCCCCGUGCUGUCCACAGCAGCGGAGUAGUAGUGUCCAGCACAAGCCAUGGUCGAGGUGACCCUCCGGCGCUUCGACCUCUCAGACGUCGACGCCAUGAUUUCCUGGGCAUCGGAUCCGGAGGUGGCCGUCUGCUGCAGCUGGGAGCCCUACUCGUCCACGGAGCCCGUCCUCGCCUACCUCAGGGACACCGUGCUCCCUCACCCCUGGUACCGCGCCAUCUGCCUCGCCAGCGCCGCCGACGACCGCCCCGUGGGCUUCGUCUCCCUUUCUCUGUCCCCAGAGGAGCGCUGCCGCGGGGAGCUCGGCUACGUGCUGGCCCGCGCGCACUGGGGAAAGGGCGUGGCCACGGCCGCCGUCAAACGCGCGCUGGGCGCGGUGUUCGGCGAGGUGGAGGGGCUUGCGCGCGUGGAGGCGCUCGUGGACGUGGACAACGCGGCGUCGCAGCGCGUGGCGGAGAAGGCCGGGUUCACGCGGGAGGGCGUGCUGCGCAAGCAUUACUGGCUCAAGGGCCGUGCCAGGGACCUCGUCAUGUUCAGCUUCGUCUCCGGCGACCCCUUGCCGCAGUGAAUUAAUCGCACCUCCUCCCCUGCUUGAUGCCAUUGCCAUUUGCCAAAAAUUGCAACUUUGCAAGUUUAAUGCCCGUGUAGUAUCUCGGGUGAAAUAAGAUUUGAUGUCCGUGUUGUUAA